UUCAGAUUAAAUCCUGAGAUAUCACUUCUUGAAAAAUCGCAACAAUAUUUAAGUAUUUAACAAACAAUUACACUACUUUCUUAAUACCGGAACGUGACACAUGCCGCUUAUCUAUUCUGGAGGACACCGAAAUGUGGUGUAGCAUAUGUUUAAAUUCCUUCCAGGAAAAAAUCCUAGCGGGCCAAGUACGAGUGCUUUUCAAGUCUUGAAAUAAAACACUUAAAGGAAAUAUAUUCUCGGUAUUGUUUUAUCACAAAUAAUACUCUAAAAUGAUUCUUUGGAUCAUGCAUUACGUUGGUAUCCCGCUUGAUUAAUCAGUACUUUAAAUAGUCAAUAUGGAGACGAUAAGGGGAAAUGGCGCGCUAACAGCCUUCUAGAUCGUUUUGCCAGAUUUUGUUUACUCUAUGUACUUUUCGCUUUUUAUUCUGAGAGAUGAGCUUCGCUAGUAUGUGAUUAUUACGAGUAUUUCCUAGUGAUAUUUGGUGACGAUAAACGUGUUUUUGUGUCAGAGGCAAAGAUAAAUGGGAUUAUAUUGAUGUUCGAAGCAUUGAAGAUAGAUCAAUGCGCCCUUAGCCAUCAAUGUGAGAUUAAAAGGGUGGUUAAAUAAAGGCAAUAAUGACGUCUGUCGAUUCGGGAGUUGAGACAAGCAAUGAAAGCAAUGACAGUUGUGUUGCACAUGACACAAGAUCUCUUGAUAAAAUUCCGCCUAGUCUCACACAUGUCAUUGUGACAAAUCUUUGUACUGUCAAUACUGCUUCAGCUUCAUCCACAAGUGGAAUAGUAGAUUAUAGCAAAGAAAAGUCAUUGAGCUUAAUUCUUCCUGACCAGAAAGCCCCUAUCUUAGAGUUAGAACCUCCUGCUGGUAUUUCAUUUUGCAAUCUUCAACCAGCAUGUGGAUUUGGAAAAGGUUAUGAGAUACUUGGAGAUGAAUUUGCAUCUCGAGGAACAAAGUUGAAAGCUACAACAAGAAGAUUUUGUAAUAAAAGAUAUCGCGAUGCCUGGUUGGAUUGUAAAGGUUUUUUGGAAGAACAUAAACUUCGAAGUGCAGCUUCUACUAAUAAUGUGGAUCAAGUUGCAGAUCUAUUACAUUCAGGAGUUAACCCAAAUUGCUGUGAUCAUCAACAUCGGACCCCUCUUCACCUUGCAGCCUGUAGAGGAUACGGAAGUGUUGUAAGGUUACUUUUGGAAUAUGGAGCUAAUCCAAACCAAAGAGAUGCGCUGUAUAAUACUCCCUUACAUCUUGCUGCAUGUACAAAUCACGUGGAAGUUGUUACUCUCCUUCUUAAAGCUGGAACAAACAUAAAUAGUAAUGAUUCUUAUGGUAGAAAUCCACUACAACUGGCUCAGUCAAAAUUGAAACUACUUCAGAGGGGUUCCAACAAUGAAGAUUCAUUGAAAAUAAAGGAAGAAGUUCAAAAGGUGAUAGAAAUGAUGCUCACAUUCCUUCAGAAGAAAGGUCAGGAUUCUGAAGCUGAAUUAUUAAAUGCAUUUCAGACAAGACUAACCAUUAGCCAGACUAAGGAAGAGGUUGAAACAGGUGUUCGUGAUCUUCUAGAUAGCUUAAACAACUUGAAUCUCAAGAGUGAUGCCUAAUUUGAAUUGAAUGUGAUGUAUAAUUUUGAUUGUGCUUAAUGUAAUUUAGUGACUAUAUAUAGAAUGGAAGUGUAAAAGUACCCUUUUUGUGAAAUAUGGUGGUGAGAUUUUAAAUGACAGAAGCACAGGUGAUUGAAGGACAUUGAUGGUUUGUGCAGCUAUUCUGAUAAUCUGCACUUUUGAUUGCAUUCACUGUUGUGGGGUUAAAAGAUUGUGCAAGCAAUUUUUCUGAUUCUCUUUGUGUUACAUAAAUUUUCGUAGUUUUAUGAAAAAGUGUUGAUUUUUUUUAGACGAAUAAGCUCAUUAUCUAGAAUUAAUUUGAAGGGGUCAUGGCAAGAGCAUGUUAACUCAAGAGUUCAGAUAUUCUAUUUUGGUAAUAAACAGUCCAAAACUUAUUACCUUUAUCUGCCAGCAGUAUCAGAACUUGGAGCAAUUUUUGUCAAAACUAAUCAAGAUGAAUAACCAAGUCCUUGCUAUGACCUGUUGAUUUCUUAUGAGAUUUUGCUACAUGAUGGCUGUGCAAACUCUUGGACACAUGGCAAGAGUGAAUCGGCAUUUUGCAAGAGAUGGAAAUGAAAAACAAAUUGUAUGGAUAGAAGUAUGCAUCAUACAACCCCAGACACAAGGACAAAAAAUAUUUUAGCAAAACGUCUCAAACUUGGAAGCUUGCUACUCUCCUGCUUUACUUGCAAAAUAGAGAUGUACACUAAUGUAUCUACAAAUGUAUGUAGUUUAAUAACUAAGAUAAUUUCAAGUACAUGUUGUAAAAAAGUUAAAGAAUCAGAACAGAAAGAAGAGUGUGACUGGAAGAAAAUUCAGUGACAGAGGAAAUGUUCUUCGCUGGCACCAGAUUAAAGAAUGCAAAUUUAAUGCAAAAAUUUUAGGGGAAGUUGAAAAAUCUUAGGAUGACAGUGAGGGAGAAGGGCCAGAAAGAAAAAGGGGGGAAAACAACAAACAUUUGUGAAGAUGGUAGUAACAAAAAUCAUGAUUAUUUUUUUAACUUACAAGAAAAUAGAGACAGCUCAAGCAACAUAGUUUUAACAUUCUCAACCAAGAAUUUUCUAGGCAAUUUGCAACGCGUAACUAAUUUGGUAGAAUUAAUUAUUUUAAAAAAAUUCAGGCCUCUUCAAAAUUAGGAGGUAGUUGUAGACCUGUGUUAUACAAGCAUUGUUUUGGCACAUUCUCAGGUAACACACAUUGUAGAUUAACACUAUCUUACGCAGAGUGACCAAAGUGCUCUUGUGCUAUUUCACAUUAGAUAGUGUUGAUCUACAAUGCACGUCAAUGCAACACCCUGCAUGGGUCCUUGUACUACUUAUUUUUGUGUAAAUACAGUAAUUUUUUGUUGAUAACUGUGUGGCAGUAGUAGUAAUUUGAAGUAGAAAUUUGAUCUCAAAUCUUAAAUUGUCUGGACUCCUAAUGCAUUUUCAGAAAAAUAUGGUUUUGCAUGGACAAUUCAUGACACUUUUCAAAUCGAAUUUGGAAAGUACGGACAAGUCGUGAUUCUGUAUUUCAUAUUAAUAAUUUUAAAAUUUGGAAAUGGUUUAUAGUUGCAAAAAAUCUGUUUUUAAAAAUAUAAUGAAAUAUAUUUGAUAAUACUAAAUAUGCAUUGCAAUAAACCCAAAAGUGAGCUAAAAGUAAACCACUUCAUGAAAAUUAGUUAUUGCUAUUAAACUAUAAUACAUGCCAUUUGUCAAAUACAAGAUGUUUGAGAGCAGAUCUAAAUUUUUUUCUUGUGCUGAGUGGUCAGUAGGUUGCAAUGGGCACAUAAAUAGGUAUAGUAGGGUGGUUUUGCUCUCUGACAACACAGCUACAUGCCAUGCUUCUUUAAGGAGGACAUACCAUGAAAUGUACACUUGCACUCUCAGAUAAGAAGUUUUGUGCGAAAGAGCAUUGUAACCUGAUCUCUGUGUGCUUGUGUACAUGCAUGCAUGCUUGCAUGUAUGUAUGUGUCAAGUUUUAAAAAGCGUAAUAUGCUGGAAGACUUAACAGAAUAAUACAAAAAUAAGGACAUAAUCUAUUACCUCCUCUUGGCCAAGAAAGAUAAAGGUUUAAUAAAUUUUGUAAGCAAGACUACAUCAAUAUUUAAGGAUGAUGUACAGCGUAAUGAGCAUUUUCUUUCAGAGGUACAAAAAAAAGAGACCUUUGAAUAAUGAUUUUUGCUCCAUGUUUAUUAACAAUAUGAAAAUUAAUAUUACAGGUGUAGAUGAAGUACUUACCUAAGUAUUGUAAUUGAUUGGCAGUGCAGAAGAAAAAGCCCUGAAUUUAUGUUUAUAUACUGCUCUACAUUAUUAAAAAGCAUUAUUGAUUUUUUGAAGAAUAAAAUGUCAAGGCAAAAAUGGAAUAACUUGA